AUGAAAGACAUCCAGCUUCCCGACUUCGAGCUGGUCAACUUUUCGGAUGAGUAUAUUGAACAGCAAUACCCAGCCGGGCUGUGGGACGAGUUGACGGUGUCAUUUGUAUUCAAGCGUCGUUACGGGUGGUACAUCCUGCAGGGUUACAUUCCAACAAUGGUCACCAUCGUCAUCUCUUGGAUUUCAUUCUACCUGGGACCGAGAGCCAUCCCAGCCCGGACGAUGCUUGGAGUCAAUUCUCUGCUAGCCAUGACGUUCCAGUUUGGAAAUAUCAUCAGGAAUUUGCCUCGGGUUUCUUAUGUGAAGGCGAUUGACGUGUGGAUGCUAAGCGGUAUGCUGUUCAUCUUCAUGUCCCUCCUCGAGCUGUGCGUGGUUGGAUUCAUGGAAGCCGAGGAAGAGGACGUCGCGUGGAAAGGAGCACAGAGUAGUCCACACCUGGAAUUACGACAAUUCUGGGUGGACAAGCGGUGUUCGUCGAUGCGGAAUCAUGAUAAUCAUAAUAAUGAGACCGCACCUCCCGAAUCCGAUAUGCCAGCCCUUGCCACUAUCAAACGCUCCCGUGAACGCCGAUCGUUCUUUGGCGCCGUCCGGAAACGCUGGAAGAAGAUGCCGACAAUCCGGCCAGAAGUUGUCGAUUUUUACAGCGCUAUUCUCUUCCCCACCUGCUACUGUAUGUUCAACAUUGCGUACUGGACGUACUAUUUGACGGACUUGUCCAGUUCUGUGGAAUUGAAUUUGGAUGCAGCAAUGCCUGCAAAA